AUGGUGGUGGGGGAACCUCAGACCGUCUGUGGUCUGAGGGUUCAACCAUCAGACACGCAGACAGUCUGGUCCGAGAAAAUCGGUCUGCAGACAGCCCCACACACGAUAAGACAAGUGCCAGACGCCAGACCAGACGGUCUGGUCUGGAGAGAAGCCAUUGAUCCGUCCCCUAUUCAGUUAAAUGAUUUAUCGGAGUUUAAUGAUUCUUCAGGAUCAAUAUUAGAUCAGACACCAAGUUGUGAUAGUAAACUGUUAUUGAAAUUAAGAAAACCAAGCAAUAUUAGUAUUAAUUUUAGUGACAUUAAUUACACUGUUACUUCAUGGACUCUUAGUGAUCGAGGAUUUCCCAUAAAAAGAGAGCGAAAGACAAUCUUAAAGGCGAUAUCUGGAGACUUUCGAGCUUAUGAACUUACAGGAAUCAUUGGACCGUCAGGUUCUGGUAAAAGUUCUCUAUUGGACAUCUUGUCUGGAUAUUCACUAGAUUUUACGGGCCAAAUUGAACACAAUGGCUGCGCUAGAGAUCUGCGCCAAUCCCGCAAGCAAGUGGCAUACAUCAUGCAGGACUGCAACCUACAGCCGCUGCUAACUGUCACAGAAGCGAUGGUCACCUCGGCCCAUCUGAAAUUGGGCAAUGACUACACACUCGAGGAAAAACUUGCUAUUGUUGAGGAUAUCUUGAUAACGUUGCAUCUGUCUCACAAGUCAGACUCCCUCACGAGAACUCUGUCAGGCGGAGAGAAGAAGAGGCUAGCUAUUGCUUUGGAACUCGUCAACAACCCUCCGUUGAUGUUCUUUGAUGAACCCACGAGUGGGCUAGACUACUUCACUGCCAAGAAGUGUCUUCAGUAUCUAAAACAGCUGACAGCAAGUGGCUACAACAUCGUGUGUACGCUACAUCAGCCGUCAGCGUCCAUGUUUGACCUGUUAGACCACGUGUAUGUGAUAGCCGGGGGCUGCUGUGUCUACCAGGGUGGCACCAAGGGACUGACGGCAUUCCUUGAUGACCUCGGUCUCGCAUGUCCAGAGUAUCACAAUCUAGCUGACCACGUUCUGGAUGUGUCAGUGGGGGAGUAUGGCCCUUACAUGGACAAAUUAGUAGACAAAAUCAACAACGGUAAAAGUAAGGACUGGAGGAGGACAGCUUUGCAGACCAGUGGUCACAGCUUGGACUGCCAGCAAGAUAAAGGAGAGGUGAAGAUCAGUUCCUACUCAGGCUCUUGCUUCAGCCACUUUUCAGUUCUUGUGCUGAGAAUGCUCAAAAUAAUCUCUCGGGACAAGUUCUACACAAAUUUCCGCAUCGGUAUCCAUCUUGCUGUUGGAUCUCUGCUGGGUUUCUUCUACUUAGGCAUCGGAAAUGACGCUGCCUUUGUCUUUGACAACUUCCGGUUGUUAUUUUUCUCUCUGAUGUUCCUCAUGUAUACUGCCCUCUCAACCAUGAUCAUUUCUUUUCCUUUGGAAAUGCCGAUUAUAGUUCGAGAACACUUCAACCGUUGGUACUCCCUCAAAUCCUACUAUAUAGCAUUGACUGUGACUGAUAUACCAAUACAGGUGGUGUGUACGUCCAUAUACUGUAUCAUAGUGUAUGUGAUGUCUGAACAACCCCUGGAGAUGUUCAGGUUCAACAUGUUACUGCUCAUGUUCAUCACUGUCACCCUGUUCUCUCAAGCUGUCGGUGUGUUGGUGGGAGCCACGCUGUCAGUCAAGCUGGGUGUGAUCUUCGGACCGUUGGCAAUUUUGCCUUGGCUGAUAUUCUCAGGGUUUUUCCUGCUCUUGCCAGACGCUCCUCACUACUUGCAGUGGUUGUUUCACAUCAGUUACCUCAAGUAUGCUAUAGAGGGGCUCAUGCAAGCUAUAUACGGUUACGACAGGGACAAAAUUCCCUGUUCAGUAGACUAUUGCCAUUUCCGAGCUCCAGAGAAGUUUUUGAAGCAACUGUCCAUGCAUGAAGCCAACUACUGGGUCUGUCUUUCAGUUAUAGCAUCUCUCUACCUCAUAGUCAAAGUUGUAACUUACUACAUUCUGCGAUACCGUCUCACUCACUGCUACAGAUGAUACAGGCUUUACACCAACUCUGGUGAUAUUUGACCUUUCUCAGGUGUUAUUUAGUUACUGAAUCAUACAAGGUAUAUGCCAAACUGUGUUCCAAGUUUAUCCUUUAAAAUUGUCUUUGUCUAAGCAAUGUUUGAACAAAGCAGUUUGUUGUCAAACAUUUUAAUUGUUCACUAACUGCUAUUUGUUCAUAAUAGGCUCCAAAAUACUGCAAAGUUUGUGUCUCUUGUUAUAAAACCGAAAAUCAAAUGAUGGGUUGUGAAGCAAUUCUAUGAUAAUAGAGAGUUUUUGCAACAUACGUUAACUAAAUACGCUAAGUGUUAAACGUUAUUUUUUAGUGAUUAGCGUUUACCGAGCUCAAUAACGUAUAGCAGGCCCGAUAUUUCACGGGAUUUAAGGUAGUGUUUUAUCGUAUCGUUAAAAACCAGCUGAUAAGUGUAAAUAAUUAAACAUAACCUAAGUUGGACGUUUAUGCUCAGUUUAUUUUUAAAGCGUUAUUCAAUUUUUGCUUAGAUUUUCUUCAAUAUAGAAAACCAGUUUGAGAUUCACCCUAAAUGAUGAAAUAUCGUUAUUAAAAGAAGUUGUAUGUAAAAACCCAUAGAACCUUGAUCAGUUGUAGCUCCUGAACCUGAUAAAGUUAACUACAACUUAUUACUAUGAUAUAACUACAACAAAUUAGUCCUCCAUAGCUACAAAAUCAAUUCGCAACCAUAUUAAACAAUCCUAACAUCUAAGCAUUAGAAAAUACAACACAUCAGCUCUAUUUUGAUAGCGUUAAACUUAAACGUGAUUUUUACAGGGAUGCAAAAACUCGCUAAUGAUUUAUUAAGGUUUGACUCUAAACUUUGCCAUAGCCUAAAACUGUAUAGUGUAACUGUGAUUGUGAUACAACCAUUGACUAUUUAUUGAAUACUGAAGUAGACAUCCUGAUCCUAUCUAAAUGAGCCAGCUGUUGCCAAUUUUUAUUCAAAAAAGGAUAUAGUUGAAUAAGCAACUACUUUACUGAGAUAGUUAAAUGACAUAAAAUAUGCCACAGAGCUUAUAUUAAAUUGUCUUAUCACUUGACUUGGUUAAAAACUCUGCAUAUCCUACAGUUAUCAGUAAUUAUUUAUAUCAGCACAAUCUGUCAGUGACUCAAUUAAUCUAAGACCAUUUUGAUUUGUUUAAACUGGCGGCAACUUAGACAUGGAAAUGGAAUGUAUAUUUCUAUAUAAUUUAGGCUACUUAAUUUUAUCGGCUAAGACACAGAACUUUGUAGACAAUUAGGCCUCUUGGUAUCUUUUGACAUCAUAGAGUUGCCCUCACAAGUGCUAUAUUGUCCGGUAUUUCAAAGUCUGCCUGGUUUUUUUAGUAUAGAUCCUGUAAAAUUUUAUAGUCAGUUUUUUCUAUCCAAAAACUGAAUUUUAUCAACCAAAAUAUAACUUGUUGAGUACCUUUCAAAACUACUUCUCUAAAAACUGUCAUGACAAAGUAUAAAGGUGUAUGAAGUUUUACAAGAACAAUCAAAUAAUUAAAACCACCAUACAAUAUAUCUACAGACCACUACUAAUCCAUUAUGAUUUACAGAUCUUCUUUCUGAUCCAUUUUUAUUUUUAAGUUUUUUGAGGCAGUAUCUACUGCUGCUUGUGUUCCCUUUUGUUCUUCACAAAAGUAACUUCAUCCCUCAAUGUGGCUGUUACUGUGAAAAGAAUUUACUUGUUUUUGUUGUAAAACAUUGUUUCCUAUUACCAAGAUACCAAAUGUUAUAAUUUGUAAUUGUAUGCUAAUGAUGUACCUACUAUAUUGUUAUAUCAUAGCAAUUGCAAUAAUUUUAAACUAUUGAGCGCACUAGUAAUGCACCAUCAGGUAGCAAAAUCAUUUAUUAUGAAUGUGAAUUUUAUGAGACUGACUUUUUUCAGUGACUAACCUUAUCUAUCAGUCAUCCACGAUUGUUAGGUUAUCUUUGAAUACUGUACAUUUGUAUGUAUGGUUGAUAAUUUUAGAAAUUUUGUCUUGGAUCAGCCAGUUAUACCAAUUUUUAUAUUAGGUAAAACUCAUUUGUCUAGUUUCCAAAGGGUGGGCAAAUUUUUAUAAGACUUGAAUACGAAUAUAUUUUAGAAAAUUUACCUAUGUAGAAGUAGCUAACUGUAGCCUUUUAUAGAUAAACAUUGUUAAUCUAGUUACCAAAGGCUCUGUACAAGAAACGUGCAAGACUGCAACAUAAAUUGUUAACAAAUUUCCUUAUGAGGAAGAAGCUAUUACCCAAACCGUGAUUCACUGUAAAAGUAAGACUUAAACCCUCAAAUACAGUAAACGGUGUUUAAAAAUGAAUAACAGAAUUUCAACACUUUAUCACUAAAAGAUUGAAUGAAAAAUCAACACAAACAAUUUUGCCUAAAGGCUUUUAAGUGUUCUAUUUGUUAUUAUAUUGUCUCAUAGGGUCUAAAUUUAAGACAAUAAGCAAAUAAUUAUGUACUGAGUAUUGUUUAUUGAGUUACUCUUGAAUAAUUAUUUCAGAGAUACACUACAGAAUCUGCAGUGUCUACAUCAAUUAUUUUUCAGCUAGUGUGGCAGCAUGUCUAUUUGAUUCUUUAUAAACUCCAAGUAUACCAGGGUUGUCCAUAAAUUAAAGUCUCCAUUGCGAUACAGUCUUCGCCAAGCAAGAUAGAACAAAUCUUAUCUAGCUUCAGUAGCCUGUAUUCGUUGCUUCAUCCACUAUCAUUCUAGAUUCAUCCCACCGUUAUGUGGUGAGUCUAUGCUAGCAAAAAACCAAUGUGAGGGAAAAUCAACUCUCCCAAAAAGUAUUAUACACGUUCUGUGAUUUUAUUAAUGUGGUUUGAAGUGUUUCUUGUUAUUGAAUCUAAGGGUUUGGACAACAAAUCUCUUGAGAUUCAAAUGAAAUGGUAAAUUUUUGUUAGUGCAUCUUUUAGGGGCAACACAGCUAGAGAGGGAGUGCCCUUUAGUCAGGAUUUGACCCCCUAAAAACAAGACUGCCUUUUUGGGAAUUUAAAUGGUAAUUUUUCUUUUUGGCACCUUUAUUAUGGUUAAACGAGACCACCUACACCGAUAUAGGGUGUAACCCUUUCCAAAUUGACACCUUGUGGUCCCAAUUAAAAAUUGGCCCCCCAUAGAAGAAGUGACUGACAACUGCCCUUUGCCUUGCCAGGAAUCGAAAGAAACUCCUUAUCUCUUUUUGUAGACGCUUGAUUUUUAAGGAAGACAACCCACAGCGCCAUCCUUUCAAAACUGUUGUGCUGAUCUUUCCUUAGUAACAUUUUAUUCAUACUGUAAGUUUGAUAAUAGGUUUUAUAUAGUGUUGAAACCAUGAUAUCAAUUUUAAACCAUCCUGUAUUUUACGCAUAUUUUGUAUGGUUGUAUAUUUUAGCUAUAGUUUUAUACAUCUUUGAUACGUCACUUAUAGAAAAAUCCUGUAGCAACAUCACAGACUCAAUAUCACUUGUAAAAAUAAUUUUCCUAUAUCUUUUAAGUUUACAUGUUUUUGUACAUCACCGAUCAUUGACUGAUCAUUACAAUGCUUGUGUAUGUUAGUUUAGCUUUGUGUUAAUAUUAGUUAAGGUUUGUAUAUCUUUUAUUUUGUUUUAUAAGUCACUACACUAAAAUUUUUAACAGCACUUUAUUUCACCAAAGAAAGGUUUGUUUAUUAUUAGUAUACACCAUACACAUACACUGUUUUUAAUGUUUUACAAAAAUCAAUUUAUUGAAAGUUACCUAGUACAUUAUUUUAUUAUUGUAAUUUUAUUGUAUACGAUUAAUAUUUCAGAACUUAUUUGCGUUUUUCAUCAAGUUUAAACAGGGGCGGCUUCAGAGGGUAGGCCAGUGCCUACCCAAAAUUUUGGUAGAUAUUUCAAAAUUAUAAAUAAAUAAAGAAAUUUAAUCAUUUGUAAAGGGAGAGCAUUCAAACAAAUUCUUUUGCAUUUAAAUUUUAAAAUUCCCCUCUUUUUGUGGGAAAGCCGUUCAAACCUCCCGUCCCCCGUUCAAACCUCCCGUCCCCCGAUCAAACCCUUUCUUGAUUAUCGUUGUCAGGCCUACCCAAAAAAUUAUUCCUGGAGCCGCCCCUGAGUUUAAAACUUAAAAACUUGGUUAUCUUGUAAAAACCGGUAACCUAUAAUAAUCGUCUAAAUGGUUGUCCAAAUUUUUGGACAGAGUUACCCAGAGAAAUCUUGCCAAACGCGCCUUGCAAACUUAACCUGUACAUAUGGGUUCUCCGGUAUGUUUGUCAACCUAAUUAAAAGUUACGGAAACUAACAAAAUUAUCCACAAGUUACAUUGAGUACCAAGCAGGGUUCACCAACCUUUUUGAAGACUUAGUAAAUCAGUUAUUCCCAGAUUUGAGGAAUAGAAUAUAUUUUAGAUGUUUCUAGCUUCAGGAACAUGAACACUCUAAUGUAGAGUAUUUGAAUUAAUGGCCAAAUUUAUUUUGUUAUAUUUGAAUUAGUAGUUUGUUAUGUAGAGUUUAGUUACUGAUUUAGUUUUUACUUAAGAUAACUAUGUAUAAAAGACAUUCAUUUGUGAUUUUAUUUUUGCCAUACCAUCGUUAUGUCUAGUCUGCUUUGUUUAAAAGUUCAACAAAUUAUUUAUGUAUUAAAGU